AUGCCUAAGGUAAAAACAGAAAAGAAAACUCGCAUACACAAUGAGGUGCAAAAGCAAGGCAUUGUGUUCAACAAGGAUUUUGGCCAGCACAUAUUGAAAAAUCCGCUGGUAAUAACCACAAUGCUGGAGAAGGCGGCCUUGCGACCCACUGACGUGGUGCUCGAAAUCGGUCCUGGUACUGGUAACAUGACUGUGCGCAUGCUGGAGAAAGCAAAGAAAGUCAUUGCCUGUGAAAUUGAUACACGCCUCGCUGCCGAGUUGCAAAAACGUGUGCAGGCCACACCAAUGCAACCGAAGCUACAGGUGCUCAUUGGUGACUUUCUUAAAGCGGAUCUGCCCUUCUUUGAUUUGUGCAUUGCCAACGUGCCGUAUCAAAUCAGUUCUCCGCUGAUAUUCAAGCUGCUGUUGCAUCGUCCUCUGUUUCGUUGCGCCGUGCUCAUGUUCCAGCGUGAGUUUGCGCAGCGUUUGGUGGCUAAGCCAGGUGACAAAUUAUACUGUCGUUUGAGCAUUAAUACGCAGCUUCUAGCACGUGUUGAUAUGUUGAUGAAGGUGGGCAAAAACAACUUCAAGCCGCCGCCAAAGGUGGAGUCAAGUGUGGUACGCUUGGAGCCCAAGAAUCCACCGCCACCUAUCAAUUUUACUGAGUGGGAUGGUCUUACACGCAUUGCUUUCCUCAGAAAGAAUAAAACCUUAGCAGCAACAUUCAAAGUAUCGUCUGUGAUGGAAAUGCUGGAAAAGAACUACAAAUUGUAUCGAUCAUUGCGAAAUGAGCCACUUGAAGAGAACUUUAAUAUGCAGGAGAAGGUCAUAGGCAUACUGGAGGCACAGGAAAUGAGCACAGCACGUGCGAGAUCUAUGGACAUUGAUGACUUCAUGCGUCUCUUGCUAGCUUUCCACUCAGCUGGCAUACAUUUUAACUAAACUAAUUAACAUAGCAUUAGUUAAUUAGUUAUUAAGAAUUAUUCUUAUUAAGUUGACUUAACAUAUGUAUAUGUUCAUGCUUACAUAUGUAUGUUAAAAUAUUGAGAGAUUUAUUAAUACAAUCAAUUGAUUGGCGCUCGUGCUAACUAGCUUUCAAGCUACUUAA